AUGUCAAUUGGCAAAUUAGAAACGUUUGACCUUGCCAAGGACAGUUGGGACUCAUACAUUGAUCGUUUGGAGCAGUAUUUUGUGGUCAACGAUGUUAAGGAGGCGUUGAAAGUAGCAACCUUGAUUACAGUUAUUGGCAGUGAAGCUUAUGAGCUACUUGUGAAUCUGUGCACCCCAGCUAAACCAUCGAGCAAGACUUACAGUGACCUUGUGUCAAUAAUGAAAGGUCAUAUACAACCCAAGCCCAGUAUUUUAGCACAACGUUAUAUUUUUCGGCAACGUUCACAACGAAGGGACGAAAGUAUUGCGGAGUACGUGGCAGAGUUAAAGAAAUUAACUAAACACUGUGGAUUUACAUCGCAGAGUUUAUCAGAAAACUUACGCGAUCAGUUCGUAUGCGGCUUAUCAAAUGAUAGCAUCAGACAGCGGCUGUUCACAGAGGAGGACAUCGGGUUCGAAAGAGCAUACAAAUUAGCAAUUAGCAUGGAAGCCGCCGAGGCGAAUGCAGCAAUCGUAGAAAAUCGUACAAAGAGAUGCGAACAAUUUACUUCGGCAAACGAGUCAGCUGUGCAUAAGGUGUUAUCAGUGAAAGAUAACGGGCGGCGCGGGGAGUCGCAGCGCAGCAGAGGCGGGAGCGGCGGCGCGGCCAGCUAUAGUGGCCGGCCGAGCGGUCGCAUAGUGCGCGGCGCGAACCCGGCAGCGGUCGGCGCUGGAGUAAACAACAACAAUAGAAACCGAGCUGGUAGUUCAACGUGGCCAACAGGCAACCGCGAAGAAAAUGACAUGAUGAGAGGCCAGGGCACUUGUGAAGCGUGUGGAGGACGACAUAAUUCCAGUUCAUGUCAGUUUACUGAUUAUGUUUGUCGUGUAUGCAAUCGUCGUGGUCAUUUAAAGCGAGUGUGCCCUAACUUGCGAGCCAAGACCACACUGUAUAAUAUGAUGGAGGAGGUUUUGAAGGACGACUCAGACGGAGGGAGCGACGAGAUACUGUGA